AAUCAUCGUGGAGCAAGGGUGUUGCAUCCAUCACGAUUCACACCUGUCCUUCACCCGCCUCGUCUACUCUCCCUCCGUUUCCUCUUCAUUUGCAGCUCUGUCAGCGCAGUCUGCGUAAUAGCGCACGCCGAGACUCAGCAUUCACUCUCCGCAUUGGGCGUGCUUAUUAAUCGUCGUCAAUGUGCGAUCGCUGCUGAUUCCGACCUUCGUGCAUCCGUCACCCGCGUCGCGUCGAAGCCGCAUUUGUUCGUACGAGGCGACUCGUGUUUGGUCGUACUACACUCAUGACAAAGGUUCCGCUGUUCAGACCAAUUUCACUAGCGUGGUAGGCUACCCUGAGGCACUGUGACAGUAAACGACGGUAAACCAGACAGUAAUUGUUUUCGCAAUCGCUUUGCUCAAGUAGUUCCGCUAGUAGCGCCGCAGGGAUCCACUCUCACAGCUAUCUCGUAGCACCCGUCGCGAGUAGCGGAAUUUGACCAGAAUAUACGAACAGCUAGCAUCAGAACAGUUCACAAUGGCGAAGCCGUCGCGCGACAUCCUCGACACGGCCGUGGCGUUCCUCCAGAAGCGCGACGGCACCGACAAGGCGCUCAAGAUCUGCCGCUACUCCGUCAAGCUGCUCCUCGCCGUCGCCCUGAAAAACUCGCCGCCGGAGUCCGAGGCCGUGCGCCGCCUGAAGAGCUUCGAGUCGAGCGUCGGCGCGAGCCGGAAGGCGCUGCGGAUCGGCAAGUUCCUGCAGGACGUGGACGCGCUGAGGAAGGCGCCGCCUUACUCCACCACUGAGGGGUUUUUGGAGCUGAUCGCGAGCGGCGGCGAGGGUGUCUACUACUUUGUUGAGCAGCUCGUGUGGCUGGUCAAGACCGGAACCAUUGACAAGAGGCACUCGAGGCAUUUCCAGAAGAUCAGCGCAUGGGCGGAGUUCAUAGGGUAUUUCGGAAGUGUAGCCCUGAAAUCCAUCGAGAUAACCACCCUCGUGCAGAAGGAGCGGUCAGUUUCGCUGCAGAUCACAAGCCAGCCAAUCAGCAACGGCGGAUCCUGCAUAUCUUCCCACCAAGAUGGUAGCAGUAGCAGCCAGGAUGUGACGUCAUCAGAGGAGAAUGCAACAAAGGUUCUGAAGGCGCUUCAAUUCAAGCGGCUAUUAAAGACGUUGUCUUUAAUCCAGGACCUGUCAGACGCGCUCCUGGCUCUGCAUGAUAUUCUAGAAGAUUCUGAUGGCAAGAGCCCUCUAGGGAAUCCCGCACUGCUGGCUGCUUGUGGGCUGCUGUCUGCCUUGAUAUCCAUACACAAGAACUGGGUGUCAGUUUAGGGGCAAUGCUUUUCUUAACAUAUGAUUUCGUGUCUGUAUAGCAUCUCGUUCACUGUACACAUCACACACCUCUGCACAGAUAUCCAUGUCAACAAAUAUA